GCUUCAACAGUCUUUGAAUUUGUUCAUUUGGUUCCAGGGCAGCAAAAAAGGAACGGGUUAAUGGCGGCGGCGGCUAGAGCAGUGAUUGUCUCACGUCCGGUAACUUUCGUAACUGGGAAUGCCAAGAAGCUGGAGGAAGUGAAGACCAUCUUGGGUCAAUCCAUCCCUUUUCAGUCCCUCAAGCUUGACCUGCCUGAACUGCAAGGGGAACCGGAAGAAAUAUCCAAAGAAAAGGCUCGUUUGGCUGCUCGCCAGGUGAAUGGACCAGUGUUGGUGGAAGAUACAUGCCUUUGCUUCAAUGCUCUAAAGGGUCUUCCGGGGCCGUACAUCAAGUGGUUUUUGCAGAAGAUUGGCCAUGAAGGUUUGAAUAACUUGUUGAUGGCUUACGAGGAUAAGUCAGCUUAUGCCCUAUGCGCAUUUUCCUUUGCCCUUGGUCCCAAUGUUGAACCUGUUACCUUUCUGGGUAAAACUCCGGGCAAAAUAGUUCCAGCUAGGGGACCCAAUGACUUUGGAUGGGAUCCUAUCUUCCAACCUGAUGGCUAUGACCAAACUUAUGCAGAGAUGCCAAAGGAAGAGAAGAACAAGAUUUCUCACCGGUCUAGGGCACUUGAUAUGGUGAAAUCCCACUUUGCCGAAGCCGGAUACAAUUUUACACCAUCUAAAGAGUGAGCUAUAUGUUUCUUCAUUGUUCCCAUUGCAUGGUAGAUUCCUAGACCGUUGGCGGUUCUUGCAUAAUCCGAGUUAAGUUUCGGGUUUCUUCUGCAUUGUUUUCGUUGGCUACUAUCUUUUCAAGCAAGUUUUAUAUG